AUGCCUGCCACACAGAAGCCGAUGAGAUAUGGACAUACAGAGGGACACACAGAUGUCUGUUUUGAUGAUUCCGGAAGAUAUCUGUGUGUUUCACAUGUUUUUCAUAUUUUGUGUAAGAAUGGAAAAUUGGUCACUGCUGUAUCUAACAAUACUGUUCAAGUUCAUACAUUUCCUGAAGGAGUUCCAGAUGGUAUAUUGACACGCUUUACCACAAAUGCAAACCAUGUGGUCUUUAGUGGGGAUGGUGCUAAAAUUGCUGCUGGAUCCAGUGAUUUUAUAGUCAAAGUUGUGGAGGUGAUGGAUAGCAGCCAACAGAAAACCUUUCGAGGACAUGAUGCCCCUGUGUUAAGUCUUUCCUUUGAUCCUAAGGACAUCUUUCUGGCAUCAGCUAGUUGUGAUGGAUCUGUCAGAGUGUGGCAAAUUUCAGAUCAGACAUGUGCCAUUAGCUGGCCACUGCUGCAAAAAUGCAACGAUGUGAUAAAUGCAAAAUCAAUCUGCAGACUUGCUUGGCAGCCAAAAAGUGGUAAGUUACUGGCAAUUCCUGUGGAAAAAUCUGUUAAGCUCUAUAGAAGAGAAACUUGGAGUAAUCAGUUUGAUCUUUCAGAUGAUUUCAUCUCUCAGACCCUCAAUAUAGUAACCUGGUCUCCCUGUGGACAGUUUUUAGCUGCAGGGAGUAUUAAUGGUUUAAUUGUAGUUUGGAAUGUGGAAACCAAAGAUUGCCUGGAAAGUGAUCUCAAAAGUUUGUUUACAGUGAUAUCAGCACUUGAAAUGGUGUCUAACAGAAUAGAUAAGGAUUACAAUAACCUUUUUGAUGAAGAUGAUAUGAGCAGUGCUGGUGAUUUUCUAAAUGACAAUGCAGUUGAGAUCCCCUCUUUUUCAAAAAGGAUUAUAAAUGAUGGUGAGGAUGAUGAAGACCUCAUGCUGACUUCAAGUCAUCCUAGACAGAGAAGUCACAUCUUAGAUGAUGAUGAAAACUCAGUUGAUGUUGGAUUGCUAAAAAGUGGUUCUAGUCUUCUUAAAGAAGAGGAAGAAAAUACUCAGGCAGACAACAUUCACAGUCUACCACAUGUAACAUCCCAAAGGCCAUUUUAUGAUGGGCCUAUGCCAACUCCCCAGCAAAAACCAUUCCAGUCAGGUUCUACACCCUUGCAUCUCACUCACAGAUUCAUGGUGUGGAACUCUGUUGGAAUUAUUCGCUGCUAUAAUGAUGAGCAAGACAAUGCCAUAGAUGUGGAGUUCCAUGAUACCUCCAUACACCACGCAACACACUUAUCAAACAUUUUGAAUUAUACAGUAGCAGAUCUUUCCCAUGAAGCUAUUUUGUUGGCCUGUCAAAGCGCUGAUGAACUAGCAAGCACGCUUCACUGCCUGCACUUUAGUUCCUGGGAUUCAAGCAAAGAGUGGAUAGUAGAUAUGCCUCAGGAUGAGGAUAUCGAAGCCAUUUGCCUUGGUCAGGGGUGGGCUGCUGCUGCCACUAGUGCCUUGCUCCUCCGACUGUUUACUAUUGGGGGCGUUCAGAAAGAGGUCUUCUGCCUUCCUGGGCCUGUGGUGUCAAUGGCAGGAUACGGAGAACAGCUUUUCAUUGUUUACCACAGAGGCACAGGAUUUGAUGGUGAUCAGUGCCUUGGAGUUGAACUGCUGGAGCUGGGGAGGAAGAAGAAGCAAGUCCUGCGUGGAGACCCACUUCCUCUUACAAGGAAAUCCCACCUUACAUGGGUGGGAUUUUCAGCUGAAGGUACCCCCUGUUACGUGGAUUCAGAGGGCAUUGUUCGAAUGCUUAACAGGGGACUUGGUAAUACCUGGACUCCUGUGUGUAACACAAGAGAACACUGCAAGGGGAAGUCUGAUCACUACUGGGUGGUUGGUAUCCAUGAAAAUCCCCAGCAGCUGAGGUGCAUUCCUUGUAAAGGUUCACGGUUUCCUCCUACGCUUCCACGGCCUGCUGUAGUGAUAUUAUCCUUUAAGCUUCCUUACUGUCAGACUGCAACAGAGAAAGGACAAAUGGAGGAACAGUUUUGGCGUUCGGUAAUGUUUCACAACUACCUUGAAUAUUUAGCUAAAAAUAAUUACGAAUAUGAAGAGAGCACUAAAGAUCAAGCAAUAAGAGAACAGCAGGAGCUUUUACUGAAGAUGCUUGCACUUUCUUGUAAACUGGAGCGGGAAUUUCGAUGUGUGGAACUUGCUGAUCUGAUGACCCAAAAUGCUUUGAAUUUAGCCAUUAAAUACGCUUCUCGUUCUCGGAAAUUAAUAUUGGCCCAAAGACUUAGUGAACUGGCUAUGGAGAAGGCAGCUGAAUUGUCAGUGACCCAGGAGGAGGAAGAGGAAGAAGAGGAUUUCAGAAAAAAGCUCAAUGCUGGUUAUUAUAAUACUGCCUCAGAGUGGAGCCAGCCGAGGCUUAAAAAUCAAGUUGAAGAAGAUGCAGAAGAUAGUGGGGAAUUUGAUGAAGUAGAAAAAAACCCAGAAAUACAUUCUCUAGGACAGAACCCAUUUUCCAAAAGUACAAAUUCCUCUGAUGUGACAACUAUUAAGUCAGGUGCAGUUAUAUCUAGCAACCAAGGACGAACAAACCCCUUCAAGAUAUCAGCCAAUUCUAAAGAGCCAGCCAUUUCGGUGAAUACAGCACGUUCAACUAAUAUUUUAGACAAUAUGAACAAAUCAUCCAAGAAAUCCACUGCACUUAACCGAGCUGCAAAUAAUGAAAAGUCUCCAGUUAUAAAGCCUCUGAUUCCAAAGCCAAAGUCUAAGCAGGCAUCUGCAGCAUCCUAUUUCCAAAAAAGAACUUCCCAAGCUGAUAAGACUGAUGAAGUGAAAGAAGAAAAUCCAAAAAACUCAUCAUCUGAAACCCCAGCUGUGUCUCCUCAAAACACAGAAAACCAAAAGCCAAAGACUGGGUUCCAGAUGUGGCUGGAAGAAAACAGAAGUAAUAUUUUGUCUGGCAAUCCUGACUUUUCAGAUGAAGCAGACAUAAUAAAAGAAGGAAUACUUCGAUUUAGAGUAUUGUCUGCUGAUGAGAGGAAGCCAGAUAAAACUCAGAGCUCCAAAAUGGUGAAAAGAUUAGAACCAGUUUGUUUUCUCAUCAGCUUUGGUUCAUCAGUCUGUGAAACAUUCAUAACAUUGAAGUUAAUUUCCACAAAUACUUGGAUGACUAGCUGGGACAAAUGUACAGUAGCAGUUGUGAUGCUAAAAAUAAAAAUACACUCAAACAAUAUAGAAACUUGGUUUCGCGUGUCUCGGCUGAGCUGUUGCAUUCCCUUUGUCUUUAUUGUCAUUCCCAAUUUGCUGUUUUUUAACACUGGUAGUUACGGCAGAAUGGUGGUCGUUCCUCCUAUGUGGAGCAGCAUCUCUGAAUUUUCCAUGUGCCAUCAGGAGACUCCUGCAAGAGGAAUUACUCCGUCAUAA